CCGUUGCGUCGCCAGGUGGCGGUCAAGUUGUGCAGGCUGGCCACAUAUUCUAAUGACAAGUCCAGAAGAAGAAGGGGAAUCGUGUGAGAAGAGAGAGCUGUCAUGAAGUAACUGACGGGACCUUUAAAGGAUAGCUACCAAGCGUCUCCUGCCAUUAUAAGGUGGAAUUAGUAGCUCCUUCUUAAAUUAUGAUCUAGUCAUGUUCUUGGUUCCCAUGAUAUUAAAUAAAGCCUCAAUUCUGAGUUCCGAAUGCGGUUUUAUUGUUGACUAAUUGGCCUGAUAGCGAACAAUAUAGCUAGCCAGCUAGCCUAGAUGUAAGUAGAAAGCAAGCUAUCAAGUUAGCGGAUUGGGUUAACCAUCGACGUGUUUGCUAUUUUGUAGCUUGUCGGCUAUGAAGCUAUUGAGAAGAAACUAGAACGCAGGUCUUUGUCAGAGCUUGUGUGCCUAUAGUGCAUCUAUAUGGUGGUGAUAACGAUUAUUUUACGUAACCUGGGGUUGUUGUUGAUGUAGCUUAUACGGGAAUCGUACUAUUUACGGUCUGCAAUAUGGGCCUAAGCCCCGAUUCCAUGAUCUUGUGUUCUGUUUGAUAGUGAUACUGCUUUGUUAAGCCCCUGUUUACUGCCACCCUACGAUGGUGCUCUUCCACAGGAUCAACUCAAACAAUCUUGGCGUUAUCGUUUUUUCUUUAGAAGGAUGUUUUUGUCGCCACUUGGCCUUUUAUUUUUACGAAUAAUCCAAAAAAGAAUACAAUAGCUGUUUUCUUUGUUAACAUUUGAUGUCCAGGACAGGCCAUGGACAGAGUUAUACAAUGCACGGCUUUAAUUUAGCAUUGCUGAUCAUAUUAGGUGCAUGUUGGACGUUGAAAAACUGUCUUUUUUUAAUGUAGCUAUCUUUUGUGAUAACUAUGUUCUGAGUUAUACGCUAAUUGUGUACUUUGGAACCCACUUAAAAAACACAUAGAGCGAGAUUUGAUCGUGCGUAUCGUUUAAAAUAUCGAUUUGAUUAUCGCCUUUGAUUCCUUUUUUAGUUAUUUUGUUAAAAAACGGUAUGUUGCGGGAUGAGGACUCCGAUUAGAUACAAUGUUUUUAUAGCUUCGUAAAAAUAAGAUACCAUGUUUGUCAACGUGAGGUGCAUAAGACCCGGAAGAACCUUGUGUCAUUUUCAUUGGCUAAACGUUUAAAUGCACACAGGCUUUUUGUGAAAAAAUAUGACGACCUGCAGUAGAUAAUUAGACGUCGGAGUUAAUUUGCACGACUGUGCAGCAGUGUUUUAUUCUAAAACGCCAUUCAAGACUGUUUAAAUACUGCACAGUAGGAGGGUCAACAUGGCGGGCACUGGGGGCAGUACCCCUGGGAACCCCUCCCUGAAAAUCAUGACAUUUCGUCCAACGAUGGAGGAGUUCCGAGAUUUCAAUCAGUAUCUUGUGUACAUGGAAUCUCAGGGAGCCCAACGUGCUGGUCUUGCAAAGAUCAUUCCCCCAAAGGAAUGGAAGCCGCGCCGUACCUACGAUGACAUUGAUGAUCUGGUGAUUCAGGCCCCCAUCCAGCAGAUGGUAGCUGGCCAGUCCGGACUCUUCACUCAGUACAACAUCCAGAGGAAGCCUCUGACAGUGAAGGAGUUCCGCCAGCUUGCCAACAGUGAUAAGUACUGCACCCCGCGGCACCUGAGCUUCGAGGACUUGGAGAGAAAGUACUGGAGGAAUCUCACUUUUGUGUCCCCUAUCUAUGGAGCCGACGUGAGUGGCACCCUCUACGAUGAGGGCGUGGAGGAGUGGAACAUUGGCCACCUGAACACAAUUCUGGAUGUAAUUGAGGAGGACUGUGGCGUGGCCAUCCAAGGCGUGAACACCCCCUACCUGUACUUCGGCAUGUGGAAGACCAGCUUCUCGUGGCACACAGAGGACAUGGAUCUCUACAGCAUUAACUACCUGCAUUUCGGAGAGCCCAAAUCCUGGUAUGCUAUCCCACCAGAGCAUGGGAAGAGGCUGGAGCGGCUGGCCACAGGUUUCUUCCCUAACAGCUUCAAGGGUUGUGAGGCUUUCCUUCGGCAUAAGAUGACCCUAAUAUCGCCCUCCAUUCUCAAGAAGUACAGCAUCCCCUUUGACAAGAUAACCCAAGAGGCCGGGGAGUUCAUGGUCACAUUCCCAUAUGGUUACCACGCCGGCUUCAACCAUGGCUUCAACUGUGCCGAGUCUACUAACUUUGCCAGCGUGCGAUGGAUCGACUAUGGCAGAGUUGCAACACAGUGCACGUGCAGUAAAGACAUGGUGAAGAUCUCCAUGGACCCGUUUGUGCGCCUCUUCCAGCCGGAGCGCUACCAGGGCUGGCUGCAGGGCAAAGACCCCUGCCCCAUCGACCACACCCUAGCCACGCCCGGCUGCACCCCUCAACUGGAGGGUUGGGUGCAGAGACGAGCCCGCACCAAACCUGCUUCCAAGAGCCUGCCCCCUAUCCGCACACGCUCAAAGAGGCACAAGACCGUGGAGGAGCCUGUGGAUAUGGAGGCCUGUGCAGUUGAGAAGUGUAGGAGGGUGGAAUCAUGUUCAGAGGAGAAGGAGGCAACGGCUCCUACACCACAGGACUACAAAUCCCCAAAUGCACUACUGCAGGGUAUUGGCUCCACUGGUAGGCGCAGGCAGAUGUGUGUUGUGAAGGUAAACCGUGUAGAGGCCGACACACUGAUCCACAAAUCUUCCAUCCGGGAGGACCCCUCAGGACCGCCUCGCCAGAAAGUGUCUGCCAGAGAAGGCAACGUCUCAAAGGUGCUACCAGACACACAGCUCAGCAUGUCAACAAUCCAGUCGCACACACCGCUGGAGAGCUCGAGGGCGGACAAACACAUGGACACACACACACACACUCUGGCCCCUGGGUCCCUUACUGUAGUCACUGACAUAAGUGUGGCCCCGACAGGGCAGAACACUUCUCCUUCAGAGGAAAGCAAAGGCAAUCAGGCCACUUCAUCAGACUGUGACAGUGGAGCACAGGGCAACACACACAUGGAACACACACACACACCGCCAGGGGAAAGCCCACUGACCUCACGCCACUCUCUCCAGCAGAGGUACCUCUGAACUGGGAGCCAAGCACUUUGUGGGGAAGCAAGUAGCACACUCACACCCACCCCCACAGAUCUGUGGCCUGAGGUUCACCAACUCCCCCCACCCACGACAUCUCAAGCAUCUGAUGUGAGAUCAGACUGCCCGGCGGCAGAACCUCCUGUGCCCAGCAGCCUUGCCCGAGUGCCAGGCGCCGGGUGCGUCUCCGAAAUGCCGCUGCUGACCCCGGAGCCCGUAGAGCUGGAGCAGGAAGAGCCCGACGUUGUUACCCAGGAGAUGCCCGCUCUCACGCCAGCCCUGUGCUCAGAGGCGCCCGCGGACAGGCACACACACGCCCCCGCACUCUACCGCGAGAGCGACGUGCCCGUCCAGUCUCACACGGCUCCGCCAGAGCUCACCAUAGAGGCCCUGAACCAGGAGCCACCCCUCGGCCCCGACCCCCCUGGCAGAGAGGCCCACACGGACGGCACGCACACACACACCUGGAAACACACUCCGAGCCCGGAGCAAGACACACACCCCGAGUCACACACACUGACCGCGGCAGAGGCACAAGACGCACCACCGACUCUCGAAAUCCAACCCACACAAUCCCCAGCCAAGGUCCACAAUCACACCCGGCUUUGCGCUGGUCCAAGUCCGUCUGGCGCCCUCAACACUACUGCGCACACUCCCACUUUAACACAGCAGAUCACUGGACUCACACAAACACAAACACGCAAUUGUAUUACCACUGCACACGCCUACACUACUGAACACACUGAAACCCACCCCAACACCACAGCACACUCAACACGCUCCUCUCUCUUCUUUAGGUCACAACCUGGCACCUCAGGCCUCAGUGCAAGCCCAGGUCUACGCCCUGACACUACUGAACACGGCACACACUUAAGCAUUACAGACCUGUCCACAGACACUACUGAACACAGCACACACUUAAGCAUUACAGACCUGUCCACAGACACUACUGAACACAGCACACACUUAAGCAUUACAGACCUGUCCACAGACACUACUGAACACAGCACACACUUAAGCAUUACAGACACUACUGAACACGGCACACACUUAAGCAUUACAGACACUACUGAACACGGCACACACUUAAGCAUUACAGACCUGUCCACUGACACUACUGAACACGGCACACACUUAAGCAUUACAGACGGCCAUGCCCUGUCCACAGACACCCCCCCCUACACUACACCCACUGAGGCAGGCCGUGACGCGGUUCACUACAACACUAAUCCUAACGCCUACAUAGACACACUCCUGAGUCCCACACACACCCUCACGAGUCCGAGCACACACUCCGGCAGACUCACGCAGUCGGCCGGGGCGCUCCCUAACGACUCGCACUCCAGCGCCUACACACUCCUGGGGACCCUCCCCCCUGAGAGUUCAUUGGUGGAGAUGCGCCCUCAGUCCCUCCCCCCCGACGCCCUGUGGGGCAGUCUGCCCGCCCCCUCGCCGGCCGUGCUGAUCGAGAGCGUGCGGCCGGAGCUGACGGACAGCCUGACGGCCUAUCACACGCCGGCGACGGCCUACGACCGCCACGCGCUGCACACCUUCAGCCUGUGGGAGGAGCCACGCUGCAAGGCCGUCAGCUCCCCGGAGCCCCCCGAGCCCCCCGAGAGGGAGCAGACCUGGACGCAGCUGGAGCCCAGCUGCCCACACACACACACACACGCACACACACACACACACGCACACACACACCAGGACAGCCAACCAGAAGUCACCGCCGCAGGGUUGCCCAGCAACGAGCUGGCUUCUUCUGAGUGCGGAGGCUCGGAGAGAGAAGGAGAAGGAGAAGGAGGAGGAGGAGGAGGAGGAGGAGGAGGAGGAGGAGGCAGGGCCAGCAGCAGUGAUGACAGCUACAACUCCAACCUCAGCGAAUCAGAGUGCGGCGACUCCGGUCUUGAGCCAGGGGAGGUCCCUACUUACCAGGCAGCAGCGAUGAAGAAGAGCACCAAGAGCUGGCGCCUGCCCCUGAGGAAGCCCACCGCUCGAGCCGCGCCCAGCGCCGUCAAACAGCAGAAUAUCAGCGACGAAGAGCCUCCGGAAUGUUCCACCGCGGAAGGGGAAGGGCAGGAGGAGGAGGAGGUGGAGGUGUGGGCACGGCCGCUGGUGCAGCUGUGGCACAGCAGGGGGCGCUGCCUCAGUGCCGAGCGCGAGUACAACGCCGCGGCUGCCCAGAGUCGGCCACACUGUGCCGUCUGCACCAUGUUCAUGCCUUACCACCAGCCCGAGGAGCGUUCGGAGGGCAAACGGGGAGCAAAGGAGGUCGUCCAGGGUUCAGGGGGAUUUUUGAGAUCGCGACCUUUGAUCCCUGAGAUUUGCUUUGCCUUUCGGGAAGGCUCCUGCCCCCCCACCGCUCUCCUGGAGGAGGACGGGUCCAGCCCUCUCAUUCGCUGCACCAUCUGCUGUGUGCAGGUUCAUGCCAGUUGUUACGGUGUCACGGCGGACGACAUUGGAAAGGCCUGGUCAUGUGAUCACUGCUUGAGUGGAGACCAGGCAGCGGAGUGUUGUCUGUGUAAUCUGCACGGGGGAGCUCUUAAGACAACCACAGACCACAGAUGGGCCCAUGUGAUGUGUGCCAUUGCCAUUCCAGAGGUGAAGUUUGUAGAUGAAGCCAAAAGGAGCCCUAUAGACAUCAGUGCUAUCCCAUCUCAGAGAUACAAGCUGAAGUGUAUUUACUGUGGGAAGCGUGUGAGGCGGGCAGCGGGCGCGUGUGUCCAGUGCUCCUGCGGUCGCUGUUCCACCUCCUUCCACGUCACGUGUGCGCACGCCGCCGGGGUGGCCAUGGAGGCUGAUGAUUGGCCGUACGUGGUGUUCAUCACCUGCCACAGGCACCAGUCUCGCAGCUCCUCAGCAAAGCGCAGUGUGCGUGAGGAGCUGGUGGUGGGUCAGACCGUCAUCACCAAGCACAAGAACCUCCGCUACUACAGCUCGCGCGUCACACACAUCACCUCACACACCUUCUACGAGGUCAUGUUCGACGACGGCUCCUUCAGCAACGACACCUUCCCCGAGGACAUAGUGAGCAGAGAUUGUGCUGCGUUGGGUCCACCUGAGGUGGGGGAGGUGGUUCAGGUGAAGUGGCCCGAUGGACUCUACUACACGGCCAAAUAUCUUGGCUCUAAUACAACACAUAUGUACCAGGUGGAGUUUGAGGACGGCUCUCAGGUAAUGGCCAAGAGAGAGGACAUCUACACUCUGGAUGAAGACUUGCCCAAGAAGGUCAAAGGUCGACUAUCUACAGCCUCCAGCAUGCGUUUCCAAGACGCCUUUUUCACCUCUCAGGCAGGGAGGAAGAGACAGAGGACCCCCAACUCCCGCUUCCAGAGAGACUACAUCACCAAGAGCAGCUGAGAGCAGCCAGGGGAAGACGCAGAGAGAGUGCCGGUUCCUCUCGAGAACGUCCCACACAGGAGACGGAGAGAGUGUGCCGGUUCCUCUCUAGAACGUCCCACACAGGGACGGUGGGAGGAGACUCAAGUAUGUCAUCAUAGGACAGGUGUUCUAAAAUGUCAGGGAAAUGCAACUUUUGAAAGUCAAAACACAAAAAUCCGAGAAUGUUUUUCUGAAGACUUCCCUCAAACGGACUACUUUUUUGUUUUUGUUUUUUCUUUAUGGUCAUUUUGUUCCGAUCAGUGCAUGUUAAGCGUGACUGCUCCAGCAGAUGGCAGUGUCCCACUUCUAACUCGUUUUUAAUAGAAAACUAAUGAAAAGCUACUGUCGCCGUGUUUGCUAAAGCACUUUGUCUUAACUAUUUAACUUGAUUGGAUGAGUUUGUUUAUUUAUUGGGGCCUUCCUCCCUCAUGUGUCAACCAUAGCUGUACAAUACUGAUUAAAAAUAUUUAUGAUUA